AUGGCCACUACUGAAGAAACAGACGCUAUAACCACCACCGCUGGAAACUUUUUAUGGCAUGAUACACAUAGGGUGGAAAUCAUCCACAAACCGAGGUCAACUUCUUUGCAGGUUUGUCUUGUUAAGACGGGAACAACUACGCCGCUAAUAUCAGCUUUAGAGCUCCGACCACUGAGAAUUGAUACUUAUGUUCCUCAAUCUGGUUCCCUGAAGAAACUGUUCCGCGUCUAUUUGACCGACUCUAAAGACACAAUCCGGUAUCCAGAAGAUGUCCACGACCGUCUAUGGAGUCCAUUCUUCAUGCCGGAAAGGAAAUUGUUAAGGACAAGCCUUCUCUCAGUCAACACUUCUGAUAACGAAUAUGAAUUACCGGGAGACGUGUUGGUUACGGCAGCUACUCCUGCAAAUGUGAGUUCACCAUUUUCCAUUUCUUGGAAUGAGGAAACAUCGGAAGACUUACUUUAUGCAUACCUCCACGUCACCGAGAUCCAAUCCUUAAAGGGAAAUGAUACGAGGGAAUUCAAGAUUAGCGCAGGUCAAAAUGUUAGUUACGGACCAGUUAGUCCUGAGAAGUCUGAAGUAUAUAAUCUAUUCAACACAUCACCUGUUAAGUGCGAAGGAUGGAUAUGCAAUUUGCAACUGAUAAGAACUCCAAAUUCAACUCUUCCUCCUCUCCUAAAUGCUAUUGACGCUUUCAUAACAGUUGAGUUUCCGCAGACUGAAACACAUGCAAACGACGUUGUUGCUAUCAAGAGUAUAGAGAUAAGCUAUGGGUUGAGUAGAAUUAGUUGGCAAGGAGAUCCAUGUGUUCCUCAGCAAUUCUUGUGGGAUGGUCUUACAUGCGAGUACACCAAUAUGUAUACACCACCAAGAAUCCAUUCCUUACUCCCCAACGUCGACGACGAUGAUCGCUUCGACAUCGUCAGCCAAAGCCGCCGCAAAAUCAGUCUGAAAGCGAAACAAAAGCCAGACGAGGUUGCUGGCUCAGGCCGUGGCCGUGGCCGUGCUGGACGUUGGGUGGCCGGUCGUAGGAGGGGUGGAAGAGCAGCCGUGGGGAACCACGGCGGUGGUGGCGGCAUUGGCCGUAGCCGCCCUCUAGUUGACAGAGCAGAGUGGGAAGGUGUGAACGCUGAUGCCAUUUCUUUGCAGAACAGGUGUGGCUGUGUUGGCCGUAGCCGCCCUCUAUGUUGA